AUGGACGACCUCCCUUCUCCUAUUGUAGUAGAAAUCCUAACACGACUUAACGAUUCGACCGACCUUGCUCGCUGCAAACUCGUUUCCAAGACAAUAAACACUCUCUCUGAACAAGUCCAAUCCAUCAACCUCCAUUGCUCCUUCGGCCGAUACACCAAGUCUCGCGAUCCCCAAACGCGAUCUUCUAUAACACCCUUCAAGACCAUCUUCAAGAACCUCCUACUCAAUUCAAGAAACGUUGUUUCUGUCUCGUUCGGGGUCGACACGACGCUUCGAUCGGUGUCGUACGAUGACGUGGAGGACGAGGACGAUGAUUUGCAUAUGACGGAUAUGAAUUUUGUGAUGGAGUGGUUGCCGAGGGUUUGUGGAAAUUUGCGGUCGAUUUUGAUCUCUGAUUUUUGGAUUCAGUCCUGUUGGAGACGGACCCACGUUUUGGGUUUGCUUUCAUCAUACUGUGAGUUCUUACGCUCCACACACGCUCUCAGACUCUCUUUGUCUCUGUCUCUGUCUCUUUCGGUUCAAGUGCUGAUCACUGGGGGAAUAAAAAUUGGCUUAAUAACCAAAAAAUAUAGCAAAGAUUUCAAAAAUGGGUCAUUAAACUUGGGUCACAGUCUUACUGAGCUAGCAGUUAAAAGUGCUUGGUUGUUGGUGACUAUAAUAGCCCCCAACCUUGUCAAACUCAAACUCCAAUGUGUGAAGCCAAGAGCACUCAUCAUUGAAGCUCCAUUGCUGUCUGAUCUCCACAUUUCACUCGAGAAGGCAAGUGACUUUAGAGUACAGGAGUUUUGUAAUCUGAAAAAUCUUCAGCUUGAAUCUACUGAUCUCCACAACCUUCUUAGCACACUUCCAUUUGGUAGAACAAUCAAAAAUCUAGCAGUAGAGUCACUUAAAAGGGUAGAUUCUAUUGAAAUGGAAACCCUUGAGGUAUUGUUCCGUAAAUUUCCUGAUUUGACUUCUCUUACAUUUGGCCCUGAGGCUUGGUCACAGCUGGAGAUGGUUUUUUGGCGACAAAGUUUAAAGAUUACAGGUCAGUCAAAGGGAUUGAAAGAUAUUACCGCAUAUUUAGUGUUGUAUGAUGUUGAGUUUACGCUGCAUUUAAUUUUGUUUGUCUUGGAGAAGUACGUUGACUUGUCAGAUAUGGCAUUGCUCAUCCACCGUAAUGUUGAUUCUAAUGAUGCUAUCAGCCUUUGGUCAAGUUGUAUGGCUCAUUGUUCAAGAGUGAGGUGGAGAUGGGGAACAUGGAAAGAAGGAACUCGAGAUGCUUGGAUUUCUGAUGGCAUCUAA